AGUGCCUUGGGACCUCGCGGCCCGGGGAUUUCCGGAAGUUGUAGUCGGUGCUCUCAGUGCGCAGGCGCGGGCACACAGCAGGGCGCGUAUUGAAGGGUGAGAGGAGAGCAUUAGAACACCAUACCACAUUGAAUGCACCUGAUCUGGUCUGAAAAGCAUUAGAACAUGCAAUUACUUGAGUGACUAAAAAGUAAAACAAUGAGGAACUGAUCAUGGCAUCAGAAAAAGUGAAAUCAGUUGGAUCAAUGUAAAAUCCCAACUUUUCCUCUUAUUGUCCAGGCUGGAGUGCAAUGGCAAGACUUCAGCUCACGGCAACCUCUGCCUCCCGGGUUCAAGCAAUUCUCCUGCCUCAGCCUCUCAAGUAGCUGGGAUUACAGGCAUGCGCCACUACCCUCAGCUAAUUUUGUGUUUUUAGUAAAGAUGAGGUUUCUCCAUGUUGGUCAGGCUGGUCUCAAACUCCCGACCUCAGGUAAUCAGCCCUCCUCAGCAUCCCAACGUUCUGGGAUUACAGGCGUGAAUGUCAUUUGCUUUUUAUGGUGAAUGAGCUAAGGGUAAGAAUGGCUUUUGCAUUUUAAAAAGAGUUUAAAAAAGAUUAAUAGCAUUUUGUGACUGCAGAAUAAUGAGAUUCAAUAAUCUGAUGUCACACCUCAAGGAACUAGAGAAACAAGAACAAACCAAACUGAAACCCAGCAAAAGAAGGAAAUAACCAAGAUCAGAGAAGAACUAAAUGGAAUUGCAACAAAAAAUACAAAAGAUAAAUGAAACAAAACUGGUUCUUUGAAAAGAUAAAUAAAAUUGAUACAUCAUUAGCAAGAUUACCAAGUAAAGAAGAAAGAAAAAUCCAAAGAAGCUCAAUUAGAAAUGAAAUGGGAGAUAUUACAACUGACACCACAGAAAAACAAAAGCAAGGCUACUCUACCAACAAUAACAAAAGAAAUUCCAGGACCAGACAGAUUCACAGCUGAAUUCUACCAGACAGUCAAAGAAGAAUUGGUACCAAUCCUAUUGAUACUAUUUCACAAGAUAGAGAAAGAGGGACUCCUCCCUAAAUCAUCAGUAUCACCCUAAUAUCAAAACCAGGAAAGAACAUAACCAAAAAUGAAAACUAUAGACCAACAUCCUGAUGAACAUAGAUGCAAAAAUCCUUAACACAAUACUAGCUAACUGAAUCCAACAUAUCAAAAAAUAACGCACCGUGAUCAAAUGGGUUUUAUAGCAGGAAUGCAGGGAUGGUUUAACAUAGGCAAGUCAAUAAAUGUGAUGCACCACAUAAACAGAAUUAAAAGCAAAAAUCACAUGAUCCGCUCAAUAGACACAGAAAAAGCAUUCAACAGAAUCCAGCAUCCCUUUAUAAUUAAAAUUCUCAGCAAAAUCAAAAUACAAGGGACAUACCUCAAUAUAAUAAAAGCCAUCUAUGACAAACCCACAGCCAACAUAAUAUUGAAUGGGGAAAAGUUGAAAGCAUUCUGUCUGAGAACUGGAACAAGACAAGGAUGCCCACUCCCACCAGUUCUCUUCAACAUAGUAUUGAGUGUCCUAGCCAGAGCAAUCAGACAAGAGAAAGAAAUAAAGGGCAUCCAAAUCAGUAAAGAGGAAGUCAAAUCUGUUGCUGUUUGUGUUAAUAUGAUUGUUUACCUAGAAAACAAUCCUCCAGAAAGCUCCUAAAACUGAUGAAAGAAUUCAGCAAAGUUUCCGGAUACAAAAUUAAUGUACACAAAUCAGUAGCUCUAUAUACCAACAGCAACCAAGCUGAGAACCAAAUCAAGAAUUCAACACCUUUUAUAACAUCUGCAAAUAUAAAAUGAAAUAAAAUACUUAGGAAUAUACCUAAGCAAGGAGGUGAAAGACCUCUACAAGGAAAUGUCAAUACAUUGCUGAAAGAAAUCAUAGAUGACACAAACAAAUGGAAACAAAUUCCAUGCUCAUGGAUGGGUAGAAUCAAUAUUGUAAAAAUGACCAUACUACCAAAAGCAACCUACACAUUCAAUGCAAUUUCCAUCAAAAUACUGCCAUCAUUCUUCACUGAACUAGAAAAGAAAAAAACCCUAAAAUUCAUAUGGAACCAAAAAAGAGCCCACAUAGCCAAAGCAAGACUAAGCAAUGGAGGCAUGACAUUACCUGAUUUCAAACUAUAAGGCCAUAAUCACCAAAACAGCAUGGUACUGGUAUAAAAAUAGGCACAUAGACCAAUGGAACAGAAUAGAGAACUCAGAAAUAAACCUAAAUACAGCCAACUGAUCUUUGACAAAGCAAACAAAAACAAAGUGGGGAAAGUACACCCUAUUUAACAAAUGGUGCUGGGAUAACUGGCUAGCCACAUGUAGAAGAAUGAAACUGGAUCCUCAUCUCCCACGUCAUACAAAAAUCAACUGAAGAUGGAUCAAGUACUAAAAUCUAAGAUCUGAAAUUGUAAAACUUCUAGAGGAAAGCAUUGGAAAACCCAAUGACCAAGAACCUACAAGUAAAUGCAAUAAAAACAAAGAUAAAUAGCUGGGACUUAAUUAAACUAAAGUGCUUUUGCACAGCAAAAGGAACAGUCAACGGAGUAAACAGACAACCCACAGGGUGGGAGAAAAUUUUCGCAAUCUACAUCUGACAAAAGAUUGACAUGCCAAGUCUACAAAGAACUCAAACAAAUUAGCAAGGAAAAGCAAACAAUCCCAUCAAAAAGUGGGCUAAAGACAUGAAUAGUAAGUUCACAAAAGAAGAUAUACAAAUGGCUAACAAGCAUAUGAAACCAUGCUUAACAUCGCUAAUAAUCAGGGAAACACAAAUCAAAACCACAAUGUGAUACCAUCUUACUCCUGCAAGAAUGGCCAUAAUAAAAAAAUAUAAAAAAUGUUGCCAUGGAUGCAGUGAACAGGGAACACUUUUACACUGCUGGUGGGAAUGUAAACUAGUACAACCAUUAUGGAAAACAGUGUGGCAAUUCCUUAAAGAACUAAAAGUAGAACUACUAUUUGAUCUAGCAAUCCCACUACUGGGUAUCUAGAGGAAAAGAAGUCAUUAUACGAAAAAGAUACUUGCACAUGCAUAUUUACAGAAGCAGAAUUCACAACUGCAAAAAUUUGGAACAACUCAAAUGCCCAUCAAUCAAUGAGUGGAUAAAGACACUGUAGUAUAUGUAUGCAGUAGAAUACUACUUAGUCAUAAAAAGGAAUUAGUUAAUGGCAUUUGCCUGGAUGACACUGAAGACUAUAAUUCUUUUCUUUUCUUUUUGAGAUGGAGUUUCACUCGUCACCCAGGCUGUAGAGCAAUGGAGUGGUCUUGGCUCACUGCAACCUCCACCUCCUGGGUUCAGGUGAUUCUCCUGCCUCAGCCUCCCGAAUGGCUGAGAUUAUAGGCACCCACCACCAUGCCCAGCUGAUUUUUGUAUUUUUAGUAGAAAUGGGGUUUCAUCAUGUUGGCCAGGCUGAUCUUCAAUUCUUGACCUCAGGUGAUUCACCUGCCUCAUCCUCCCAAAGUGCUAGGGUUACAGGUGUGAGCCACUGUGCCCAGCCUGGAGACUAUUAUUCUAAGUGAAGCAACUCAGAAAUGUAAAACUAAGCAUUGUACGUUCUCACUCAUAAGUGGGAGCUAAGCUGUGAGGAUGCAAAGGCAUAAGAAUGACAUAAUGAACUUUGGGGACUCAGGGUAAAUGGCGGGAAGGGGGUAAGGAAUAAAAGACUAAAAAUUGGGUGCCAUACAGCUCAGGUGAUGGGUGCACCAAAAUCUCACAAAUCACCACUAAAGAAGUUAUUCAGGUAACCAAACACCACCCAUUCCCCAGUAACCCAUGGAAAUAAAAAAUUUAUAAAAACCAAAGACCCCCAACAUAUUCAAAGUAGUACUUGUAGGAGUCAUUGAGCAAGUAAUAUGAGAAGAGAGGAGGCUGCUCCCACCAGUGGUUUGGAGGUGGAGCAGAUGCUGGUGAUAAUGAAGUUCCAGAUGAAAAAUGGGAGUGGAUGCCGAGAGCUGUAGUACCCUGCAGAUGAGGACUCAGCCCCAUGAUACUGGAUGAUGGGAAUCAACCAGGGUAGCGACCUCAGCUGAGGCAGGAAAAAAGCUGGGAUCCAAGUGCCAUAGUCUUUUCUUGAUAAGCAAGAGAGACCAGGAGGUGAGAGAUGGCAGAGGGUGAGAGAGGUGAUAUCAGUGACCAGAAAGAGCCCUUAAAAGGCAACACUUCCUUUUUUCUGUUAGUUUUAAUAUAAAUUUUUGCUUUAGUAUUUUUAGACAAUUCUCUUUUUUAUUUAUUUAUUUAUUUUUAAAGACGGGGUUUCACCAUGUUGGUCAGGCUGGUCUUGAAACCCCUGACCUCAGGUGAUCCGCCCGCCUUGGCCUCCAAAGUGCUUGGAUUACAGGCGUAAUCCACGCCCGGCAUGGCAAUCCUCUUUUUUAAAAAAAUAUUUAUAUCCAAAGGUUCUUACCACACCAUCACACCCCUAAUCUUUUUGCUGUAACCUCCCAAUCAGUUAGUUGUCUCCUUUAAAACAUUUUUUCACACAUACGCACGCACACACGAGAGACAGAUAAUAUAUAGCAUUGUUUUUGGUGUAUGAAUGUGUGCUUCUGAAUAAAUGGCUUCAUACUCUAUAAAAAAAGAAUGAGAUUCAAAUUUUACCGUCCAUAAAGUUGUACCGGAACCAGCCACGCUGGAUUGCUUGCGUAUUGUUUAUGGCCGCCUUUGCACUCCACAGUCACAAUAUCCACUCACGACCACUUAUUGUUGUCUUUCAACAAUGGCACAUAAAAUCCUAACGGUUCAUCUCACACCUAAUGAAACAGACUCUCACAGGCAUAAACUUAGAAACCAUCCCAAGAACAUAAACAGGUCCAUGCAGGGUCCCACACACCGAAUCGGACUAACAAACUCCCUCACAGCAAGACACACCCGUCUGUUCAAAGGCCAGACACUGUUCCAGGCGCUCAUACCCUGGUAAACUGGUGGUGUCGCUCAGUUCAUUUCCAGGGACCCUACCCCGGACUCCCCUGCUUGCUCCCCAGACACCCCAGUCCCAUCUCCGCCUGUUCUAGACUCCAGAAUGCGUUCCUCAGCGAAGGCUGAGAACCUUUUAAUUCGCUCUCAGUCAACACCAAAGACCCUCAAGCAAAGGCUAGAGCUCCCAGUCGUCUUCAGAAAAUCGCUUUUCACAGAGGAAGCUGAGUUGCAUGCUGGGAGCAUCCCUGAUCUCCCGUUUUCAACUUCCGGGGACUCGCCCGCUGUGGACUACAUUUCCCAGAAGUCGCCGGGACACAGGCCUUUUAGGGGCGGGGCGAGCUUGCCUGCCAGAAGCACUCCCCGUGGCUCAGCUUCCAACCUGCGAGCAUUUCCCGGCUCUCGUUUCCCAUAAGCCUCUGGGUCCAAACUAACCACGGGGCUCCGGGUCCUUUUCCGGUGUUCUCAAGGUUCUUGGAUUCUGUGUGGUUCCCUUUAGCCUGUCUUUGGGCCUGCCACAGUUAAAUGACCGCAAGAAAGAAGUCUAUGCUAAGCCCCAGAAUGAACGUUUCAAGCAAGAAGGAUGAGAAUUUUAGAUCUGGAAGUGUCCUCGCGACAGGCUCUUGACUGGGGAAGUUCUAGAGGAGAAUUUUGACAGUGAACAUGUCUCAUUGCCGAGAGUAACAGCUACAGGAUGUUCAAGAGCUGAUGGAGUUUUGCUCUUGUUGCCCAGGCUGGAGUGCGAUGGCAUGGUCUCAGCUCACCGCAACCUCCACCUCCAGGUUCAAGUGAUUCUCCUGCCUCAGCCUCUCGAGUAGCUGGAAUUACAGUUCUGGCUUUUCUGGACUCUGUGCUUCACCAAUAGAGGAAUCCCAUGGAGCAUUAAUUAAUUGUUGGAAUUCCAGAACCAUGACUGAUGGGUUGGUGACAUUCAGGGAUGUGGCCAUCGACUUCUCUCAGGAGGAGUGGGAAUGCCUGGACCCUGCUCAGAGGGACUUGUACGUGGAUGUGAUGUUGGAGAACUAUAGUAAUUUGGUGUCACUGGAUUUGGAGUCAACAACAUAUGACGCCAAAAAAAUAUUUUCAGAAAAGGAUAUUUUUGAAAUAAAUUUUUCUCAAUGGGAGAUGAAGGAAAAAAGUAAAAUCCCUGGCCGUGAGGCAUCCAUUUUCAGGAAUAAUUGGAAGUGCAAAAGCAUAUUUGAGGGACUAAAAGGACAUCAAGAGGGAUACUUCAGUCAAAUGGUAAUGAGCUAUGAAAAAUUACUCUCUUACAGAAAACGUGAAUCUCUUAUGCCACAUCAAAUAAUUCGUAAUACAGAGAAGCCCUAUGUUUGUAAGGAAUGUGGGAAGGCUUGCAGUCAUGGCUCAAAACUUGUUCAACAUGAGAGAACUCAUACAGCUGAAAGACACUUUGAAUGUAAAGAAUGUGGGAAGAACUAUUUAAGUGCCUAUCAACUCAAUGUGCAUCAGAGAUUUCAUACUGGCGAGAAACCCUAUGAGUGUAAGGAAUGUGGGAAGACCUUUAGUUGGGGAUCAAGCCUUGUUAAACAUGAGAGAAUCCAUACUGGUGAGAAACCGUAUGAAUGUAAAGAAUGUGGGAAGGCCUUUAGUCGUGGCUAUCACCUUACUCAACAUCAGAAAAUUCACAUUGGUGUGAAAUCUUACAAAUGUAAGGAAUGUGGGAAGGCCUUUUUUUGGGGCUCAAGCCUUGCUAAACAUGAGAUAAUUCAUACAGGCGAGAAACCUUAUAAAUGUAAAGAAUGUGGGAAAGCCUUCAGUCGUGGCUAUCAACUUACUCAGCAUCAGAAAAUCCAUACUGGUAAGAAACCUUAUGAAUGUAAAAUAUGUGGAAAGGCUUUUUGUUGGGGCUAUCAACUUACUCGACAUCAGAUAUUUCAUACUGGUGAGAAACCCUAUGAAUGUAAGGAAUGCGGGAAGGCCUUUAAUUGCGGAUCAAGUCUUAUUCAACAUGAAAGAAUUCAUACUGGUGAGAAACCUUAUGAAUGUAAAGAAUGUGGAAAGGCCUUUAGUCGUGGCUAUCACCUUUCUCAACAUCAGAAAAUCCAUACUGGAGAGAAACCUUUUGAAUGUAAGGAAUGUGGGAAGGCCUUUAGUUGGGGUUCAAGUCUUGUUAAACAUGAGAGAGUUCAUACUGGUGAGAAAUCCCAUGAAUGUAAAGAAUGUGGAAAGACCUUUUGUAGUGGGUAUCAACUUACUCGACAUCAGGUGUUUCAUACUGGUGAGAAACCCUAUGAAUGUAAGGAAUGCGGGAAGGCUUUUAAUUGUGGAUCAAGCCUUGUUCAACAUGAGAGAAUCCAUACAGGGGAGAAACCUUAUGAAUGUAAAGAGUGUGGGAAGGCUUUUAGUCGUGGCUAUCACCUUACUCAGCAUCAAAAAAUUCAUACCGGUGAGAAACCUUUUAAAUGUAAGGAAUGCGGGAAGGCCUUCAGUUGGGGUUCAAGCCUAGUUAAGCAUGAGAGAGUCCAUACUAACAAGAAGUCUUAUGAAUGUAAAGACUGUGGGAAGGCCUUUGGUAGUGGCUAUCAACUUAGUGUUCAUCAGAGAUUUCAUACUGGUGAGAAACUUUAUCAAUGUAAGGAAUACAAGAAGACCUUUACUCAUGGCUCAAAACUUGUUCAUAAGAGAACUCAUAGUAAUGAUAAACCCUACAAAUAUAAAGAAUGUGGGGAAGCCUUUCUGUGGACAACUUACUCAAAUGAGAAAAUUGAUACCGAUGAAACCUUAUGAUUGAAAGCUAUAAAAGAACAUUUUGUGUGUGUGUACAAACAACAUAAGGAGAACUCUUACUCUUGAGAAACCCUGUGAAUGUAAGGGGUGUGCAAAAGCCAUUCAUUUCUGUCUAUGGACAAUUAUCUUGCUAUCCAGAAAUUCAUACUAGUGAGAAAUAUUUUCAAUAUAAGUAAUAUGAAAAGGCUUUAGAUUUCUGUACAGUCUUACUUGGUAUCAAUUUAUUCUGAUGUAAAAUCAUUUAAAUGUAAGGAAUGUGUGAAGAUCUUUAUUCAAGAUUAACACCAGGAAAUUGGUAUUUGUUAAACAGUUUAAAUGGAAGGAAUGUGGGAAGGACCUAAACUUAAUUCAGUUCCUGCUGCACAUCAGAGAAUUCAUACUGCUUUGUAAUCCUAUGCCCGUAAGGAAUUUGAGAAGGCUUAUAGACAUGGUAAAUAUCUUAGAGCACAUCAGAGAAUUCAUCCAAAUGAGAAAUCAUUUGAAUUCGAAUUAUAGGAAGGCCUUUAAACAAAUGCGACUCAAAUCCAGAAACUGGUGCCAGUCACAAAAUUGUCAUCUGUCAAUCACGAGAUAAAUGUGGAAAGUGAGUAAAUAUUUGGAACUUUUAUAGAAAUUUGAUGUUUCCAUAACACUCUUAUUCUGUUUUACAAAAUUAUCAGUCCACAAAUGAUUGGGAAUUGAAAACAAAGUUUAUUCUUUCCCAGAAAUAAUUUUAGAGACAAGACUCACACUUUUCAAGACAUGAGACAAGUCACAAUAUAAUUUACUUUAAAUAAAAAAUUCUUCACUUUCACCUCUCUGAUUAGAAUAGCAGAAUAUUUAUACUAUAGCAAGAUUUGGCAAAUGAGGGAAUCACCAUUUUCUAAUGCCUGUAACAGCAUAAGAUAAUUUAUACCAGAUAUGUUAAAUGUACAGAAGCCUUCCAACACUCUUCAGUCUUUGUUAAACUUCAGUAAAUUCAUCCUAGAGAAUAACUGUUAAUGUAACAAAUGUAGGAAAACCUUUAUCCAUGGCAUAUACCAUACUAUCAUCACCAUUUCACCUCCAUGCUACCUGUAGGAUGGUGAGCAAAAUGCUUAUCUCCUUUGGACAUGAUGUUAAAAAUGCCAAUGGUAACUAAUACUACUAUUAUAGAGAUUAGAUGGACUUAGUAUGCAUUGUAUCCUUGGAAGAGUAUCUGGUAUGUAGCCUAUGUGCAAUACAUAUCAAAUAUUGUUCAUAUUGUCUUCAUUGUUAGUAUUGCUACUGGUGAGUUCUUAGGAGAGGCACAACCAUUUGGUGGAAUGAAUUCAGAAAAGCUUCCCAUAACCACUCAUCCGUUUGAAUUUCAGAUAGUUCAUUCUAGAUAAGAUCUAGUAAGGAUAAAUAAUUUGAGGGGAUUUUUAUUCAGAGUUUAUUCCUUAAGCUGGGCUAAAAAUUGACACUUGAAAAAAUCCAGACUUUUGAAGAGCUUAGGAAAGCAAAACACCUUUUUUUAUAUUAUAUUUUUUAUAGAAUGUCACACAUUUGUUUCUUUCCUCAUGGUGAAAUUUGAUAUGGGCCUUUCCUUCACAUUUCUCAUAACAUGAAGUUGGAAAUAGAGGCUUAAAAAUAUUUUCCGAGGACACUUCACACAUGGUGGUGUGUACUUCAUCCUGCAAUACAUCAGAAGCAGAUGGUAUCCAUUUCCCCCACUAUCACCAGUGCCAAGUUUGAUGACUUAAGAUGAUAACUGGUGGAGCUCUCCAUUAUAAAGAUCCAUUACAUAUCUUGUAGGAUUGGUCAGCCAAUUGAUCAAUGAUGUUUGGAAAUGUGUGAUCAUAUGAUAUGUAUUAUACUUUUUUUUUUUUGAGACAGGGUCUCUCUGUUGCCAAGGCUGGAGUGCAGUGGUGUGAUUUGAGCUCACUGCAACCUCCACCCCUCAGGUUCAAGUGAUUUUUGUGCCUCAGCCUCCCAAGUAGCUGAGUCCACAGGUAUGCACCACCAUACCUGGCUAGUUUUUGUAUUUUUAGUAGAGAUGGGGUUUUACCGUGUUAUCCAGGCUGGUCUUGAACUCCUGGUCUUAAGCAAUCUGCCUGCCGCAGCUUCCCAAAGUAUUGGGAUUACAGGUGUGAGCCACCACUCCUGGCUGUAUUUUGCUAUUUGGAAAUCACAGUCCAUCUUAAAAUUGAUGGCUUCUUGUAUCCACUUUCAGCCAGGUGGCUGUCAUGACUUAGUGCUAGCAUCAAAGCAGGUUAGUUAUGAUGAAAUAGUGUGUGUAUAUACUCACACAGUUGGAAAUCGACCCUUUAAAAAAUCAUUUCUUUUUUAAAAUAAUGUCAGUUCCGCCAGAACUAAUGCAUUGACAACUAAGUGUCUGUCAUUCAUUGUCAUAAGUCUGUACCUGACCUCUCUAUUUUGUGCACAUAGGGCAUUUGUGUAUCACUUUUCAGUCAUUCACCAUCUAGUGAUCAUCAUUCCACAUGAUUGCACUUUUUCCUUUUCAGAGGCAUAAAAAUCAAGCCAACAAUUGCACUUUUAAUAAGUGUAACACAAAGCAGAGUCUUUUGGGAGUUUCAACAGGAUAUAUUAUUGGCAACUAGUUAUUACGCCACUCCCUCUGGGUGCCACAUUUGCCUUUUAACCAAGAAAUGUAGACAUGGUGCCUUAUCCCAACAUUCUAAAAUGAUAUCUCAGGAAUCACCAGUGCUUACUAGUACUUGAAAAUGAAGCAGGAUUUUAUAGUUAAAGAAGCUUCUAAAGUAGCAUCUACUAAAUCCCCUCUUAGGGAACAAGUAAAAGCACCUCACCAGCUUAUCAAAAGACUAAAGAGAAGAGAGAAGAAAACUACUAAAGAGUAUUCUAGUGAAGAAAAUGGUUGGACUUUGUUUAAACUGGUAUAUGGCAAACUUCACUGUGGAAAUACUGAUUCCCAUGACCUAUUAUCUUUGCAGGUAGGUGAAAUUGUAUUGGGAAAUACUGCUAUAACCAAAAGAGAAUUUCAGUCACCAUGUCUGGUUGUUAGCUAUGGUGGAAUGGCAGCAUCGUGUGCUCAGUGGUGAAUAAAAACCUUUGUUGUGGCCAA